AUGGAGAAUCUUGCUAAGAGAAUCUUGUACCAUGAUUUGUCACUACCAAUCAUUCAUCGAGACAUAUCGAGCAAAAAUAUUUUGCUAGACUUGGAAUACGAAGCUUGUGUUUCUGACUUUAGAAUCGCUAAACUUCUCAAGCAGGACUCAUUUAAUUGGUCAAAACUAACUGGAACACAUGGAUACAUUGCACCAGAUCUUACUUAUACGAUAAAGGUUACUAAAAAGUAUGACGUAUAUAACUUUGGAGUGUUGGCGUUAGAAGUUCUCAAAGGGAGUCAUCCAGGUUUGAUUGUGCUUGAGAGUCCUCCCAUCAGUUUUGGUUUCCAAUUUAUCCAUGUUCUGUUGAUAGACUAUAUUCGACAAAUCCAGGACCAUCUACAGCUUCUUAGAGUUCUAUCCGAUUCUACUAAGCUUGACACUUGCUGUGUGGGUAGAUUCUCUGACAUUUUGUAG